GUAACAGUGUUGUUACGUAUUUGUUCAUCAUCAUUAUGUGGUUUUUCAGCGAGAAGAGACCGGUAAAAUUGUGGCUCCUGAAUCGAAUUCAGCCGCUAGUUUGAUUGCGUCGGAAUUCGGUAAAAUAAGCAAAGAUUUCAAAAUUGAUUCUACAGAAAACAUGCUUACGAUUGUUGUUUCGCAAAGAAAUCGUUUGAAAGUUCGAGUAAAAGAAAUGGAGAAUGAAGUAGCUGAAGAGAAGAAACACAGUGCGUUUCUUCAGAGCGAAUUGGACAAAGCACAUAGUGACAACGUACAGUUGUAUGGAAAAAUCAGAUUUUUGCAAAACUAUCAAAUGAAACAGAAUAAAGCUGAUGUUCGUAUGGAGAUGAACGAUAUUGAGACACGGUAUCAGGGCGAAUACGAAAAGCAUAUUGAUCCGUUCAAAAACUUUAACGCUCAAGAACGACAAAGAAAAUACAGUCAGCUGAAGCCGUAUGAUAAAGCAGCAUUACAACUAGUACUUUAUCGUUUUGCUUACACAGAAUCUUGCCAACGGGAUUUCCAAACGGACUGUAUUGCAAAGUAG